AUGCCUCCAGCUACAAAGCGCGGGCCGGGGCGUCCCAGCAACAGCAGUGGGGCUGGCGGCGGUGGGGUUCCCGCUCGGAAGAAGAAGGACAAGGCAGAGGUGGGCAAGGCGCAACCCACGCUGACGAAGUUCUUCACCACUCCCAAGACAAAGCCGGCCGCCGCCGCCGCCGCCGAUGAUGUCGUCCUUAUCCCCAGCCCGACAAAGAAAGGGGGCGACGACAAACCCCCACCUACCAAAGCCGCGGCAGAGCAGCAGCCGGAGCCGAAGGCGGUGAUCGAAGAAGCCUCUUCCUCCGGCAGCGGCGGCUGCCCCUCUCCGGCCAGUAUCAUCAAGUCUGCUGCCCGCGCUUGGGUUUUGGAACAGCAGCAGGAGAAGCAGCAGGAGAAGAAGCAGCAGCAGAAGCAGAAGAAGCAGAAGCAGAAGGCGAAGACGGUGAGCGAAGAAGCCUCUUCCUUUCCCGGCGGCGGUGGCGGCGACAGAGAUGACGGCGGUUCUCCGUCCAGUGCCAUCAAAUCUGUGCGGUUCAAGCUAGACAAGGAGACGGAGAGCCCGGCGAACGCAAAAUCUCCUAGCGACCGCGGGACGAAACGGCUGCGACAAGGCCAGGACGACGACGAUGACCAAAACGGUGGCAGUGUCGUUGCUGCUGCGGCUGCUGCUGCUGCUGCGCGCGAUGCCGAGGAGGGCGACGUGCUCAUGUCGGAGCAAGCGGCGGCGACAGGCGGUGCCGGCGCUGGCGAUGUUAGAUCCGACAAGAACAGCAAGGCGGUGAAGCCGUCUGCUGCGUUUGCUUCCGGCGGGAACGGCAGCGAGUCCACGGAGGAGGGGGGAGACGCGGGGGCGCAGACGGGGUUCGUGACGCCGUCGCGGUCGCCGCAGCCGCCGUCGCCGAGCCAUGACGGCGGCGGCGGCGGCGGCGGCGGCCAAGAGGACAUGGACGUUGUAGUGGUGGCGCCACCACCACCAGCAGGAGCCAAGGACAAGCCGACACUGCAGCUCUCCCAGGCGGUGUCGAGCGCCCGCUCGGCGGACGAGGGGGAGGGCCGCCAGGACCGCAGGAUGGGGCUGCAGGACGCCGUGGACGGCGCGCUAGCCUGGAAGGCGGCGGGGGAGGGCGGAGGUGGUGCUGACGCUGCAGCGGCGUCGGCGUCGGCGGGGGCGUCGGCGGGGGCGGCGUCGGCGGGAGCGUUUCCAGAGCACCUGGCCCCUCUCCUCGCUCGCUUGGUUCAGGGCAGCGCGUCGCCUCUGUCGUCGCUGGCCGAGGAGGCCUGCGGGGUGAUGGCGGACUUGAUCCCCGGCCAGGCGGCUGGGCUGACGGCGGACCAGGUCUCCGGCAAGAUCAGCCUCAUCGCCCAGCGGAAGUGCUACGGCUCUCAACCCCGCAAGGCCGUGAUUCCGGAGGACACCGCACCCGAGGCCAUCUGGCGCUGGGAGGUCCAGCUCAUGGACCUUUUGCCGACCGAAAAGGCUGGGGUCGUCAAGUCGGCGCGGAGUGACCGCACCAACUCGGGCCGGCUGGUCAAGGCCCUGGUCCGACUCACGGAGGUCAUGGCCAAGUUCCCCGGCGAUGCCGCCAAGAUCAGCAAGGAGGAGGAGAAGGUGAUGGCCUUUGCCCGGCGUGAGGAAGCUCUCCGUCAGAAGGCCACCCUCAAGGAGGCGGGGGCGGCCAUGCGGGAGGCAGCCCGGAGGGGCAGGGAGGAGGCCAAGGCGGAGGAGAAGCGGGCGAAGGAGGAGGAGAGGCGGAAGAAGCUGGAGCAGAGGCAGGCGGAGAGGGACGCCAAGGACCAGGAGAGGAGACGAGUCAAGGCCGAGGCCGCCGCCGCCGAGGAGGAGCGCAAGAAGGAAGAGGAGGCCAAGCAGCAGCCCAAGAUUUCUCUUUUCAACUUCUUCAGAGUCACGGACGCCGCCCCUUCCCAAGACGCCAAGGAAAAUGUUGAGCCGUCCGCCAUGGGCGUCCUGCAUGCGGGCGUCAACGGCUCGAGGGACGCAGCGGGCAAGGCCCUGGCGGCAGCGGGGGCGACGGCGGCUACAGCAGCAGCGGGAGGAGGGGGGGGGGCUCUGAUCGGACAGGCGGGCAGCGGCAACGCGGGCGGCGCCGGGGUUGAGGCGGCGGCGGCGGGGGGGGUGGGGGGCGUUGAGGUCGGGGGAGGGGGCGGAGGGGGAGGAGACCUGGGGGGUGGUGUUGUUGUUCGGAGGAGCGAGGGGGGGUUCGGGCCCGAAGAAGUUGUGUUGUUCGAGAAGAGAUUGAAGGACGGGGGCGAGCCGGAGGAGCUUCUGGUCAAGACCGCGCGAGAGAUGGGCGAGCGAUCCCUCAAGCGCAAGGCCAUCGCCGCCGCCCUGGCCGGGGACGACGAGGUGGAAGUGGUCCGGGCGAAGAAGAUCAAGGUUACCGUAACCGUGGCGGGCGGCAGAGGCGGCUUCGGAGAGCCCAGCUACUCAGAGACGAAACAGGUGGAGGUUCGCAACCGCAUGAAGCUCUUGCAGUUCCACCAGGACCACCGGCCGCCCUACUGGGGCACGUGGUCCAAGAGCAGCAGCCAGGUCACGGGCAGGCGGCCGCUUGGUCGAGACACCAAGGGCACGCUCAAUUAUGACUACGAUAGCGAGGAGGACUGGGAGGAGGAGGCGCAGGGUGAAGAUCUUCUUUCGGACGAAGAGGUCGAGCCUGAGGACAACCUCGACUACAAGGCAAGGAACCAGGCUGCUGUUGUUGACGGGUGGCUCCGCCAGGACGAUGAGUUCAGCGACGAGGAAAUCGACCGCUUCGACAGCGGCAAGAGCAACAACAACGCCAACAACAACGCCAACAACAACAACAACAACAGGAAGGCCUUGGGCUUUGUCGGCGAGGGCGUGACCAUCGGCGCCGGGGCAGCCGCCGCCGCCGCCGGAGGCUCCGCCUCCAACGGGCAGCAGCAGCAGCAACAACAACAACAGCCGGCCUUCGUCUCCGCGAUCAUGUUCCGGCGUCGACCAAUCAGCGACGAGGAGGCUCGCGCGAGGCCGGCACUGCGCGCGCUCUCUGGCUACCGCGCGGUGACCCCGUUCUCCGGCGGGAACGGCAGGAGGCCGCGGAGCCCCGCGUUUCCGGUGUCGGUGGUGGAGGCCAUGGUGGAGAAGGCCAGGCGGAGUGACACCGGGGAGGGAGGAGGGGCGGGGGCGGGGGCAGGGGCAGGGCUGGGGAAGGAGGAGGGGAAGGUCCGCAAGGUCAAGGACGUGCCUGACGAGCUGCUUCCCAUGCUGGUGGAAAAGCUUCACGGCAAGGCCGACAAGCGGGAGGACGUCGUCAACGCCUUCGUCGCCGAGCACCCGCAAUGCACCAAGAAGUCGGUCCACCAGAAGGUGAAGGACGUGGCCACCCGCGAGCGAAGCCUCCACGGCGGAACCGUCUUCGUCGUCAACCCCGAGGUGAUCGAGCGGCUAGGGGUCGAGACCUCCGCUGUCGAGCUCAAGCCCUCCCAGGCUGAGGUCGCCGCGGCCGCCGCCGCCCUCAAGGCGGAGAAGGCCGCCGAAAAAUCCGCUUCUUCUGCCGUUGAUGAUGAUGACGGCGUCAACACCACGCCCGGGAGCGGACCCAAGGCUGCCGGGGACAAGUCGAAGACCGCCCCUGUCCCGGGGCAACUCUCCCUGUUGGGCUUCCUGCAAACGGCCAAGGUGAAGGGAGCUACCGCGGGGGACAGCUCGCCGCCCUCUCGGGCGACGCCCAAGAUGCUCUUCGGACCCAACGCCAAGGAUGAGGGCGCGGCGCCUUCGGCGUCGGCGGGAGCGGGAGCCGCGAGUAACGGCACCGAAACUUGUGCCGGCAAGGCUGCUGCUGCGGAGGAGGGUAAGGAGAAGGGAGACGGCGCCUCCAGCAAGGGGGGCGGGGACGGGGGAGGGGGUCUCGCAAAAGAGGAGAAGGAGAAGGAGAAGGAGACGAAGGAAUCGCGUAGCCCCCUGUGGGCCAAGCCUAGCCCCGAUGCGGACGGUGGGUGGGAGGAGUGCAAGGAGUCGGAACCCCCCAUGGGCAGGGCGGUGCCCCCGUGCAAGGUCCUGACUCCUUCGAGGAAGCUCCGCCAGGUGGCGGCCGCCCGGCCGGUCCUCUACCUCGGCUCCGGCACCCCGCCACCGCCGCGCGUGAUCCUCCUCGACGCCAACAGCAACAGCAGCAGCCGGGGGGAGGAGACAAUCAACGACGAGAGCGGCGGCGCAGACGACCUCAGCGGAGAGGCGGAGGUGAAGGGUGUCGUGGCGGUUGCCACCGAGGUUGAACCGGCGACACCGGUAGCGGCGGCGGCGGCAGCGACGACGACGGCCGCGGCGGCUGCCACGGUGACCACCACGACGCGGCUCGAGCGGAUGGUGAUGGGGGGGAGCGUCGGGCGCGGCGACCGUAAGCCGUCGUCUCCGUCCCCCGGAGCGAAGACCGCUCCUGCCCCUGAAUCUGUUGCGGUUGCUGCGGUGGGAGGAGGGCAAGGUGGAGAGAGCAAGGCGUCGGUAGCGGCGGCGUCGGCAUCGGCGUCGCCCUCCCUGAACGCGGGCGGCAGUAGUGUCGGUAGUGUCGGUAGUAGCUCCUAG